GGUAACUGUGGUACCAGUUAGCAUACCAAAGUCUCUGCUGGCAUCCACCUCACUCUUACCUCUGGCUCCAACCAUAUUCCAAGGUAUGGUUUAGAGGGAGGUUUGAUUGUAGAUAUGACAGACAGAACAGCUAGAGGCAUCUGGAAGAGUCCAUAGCAGGGAGAGGAAGUAGUAUACAUUCAGUGUAGGAGGCUGAACCAGACCAUGCCAGAAGUUUGGUAAUGAGGAGAGUGUGAGAGGAAGAGAAGAGAGAGACCAAGUCAAGGAACCCCAAUGAACAUGGCAUCGAAAGUCCCUGUGUGUCUCAUCGAGAAUGUGAAAGGACAACUGAUACCUAAUCAGAAGGCCCUAGAGAUCCUGUCAGAGAUCACACAACCAGUGGUGGUUGUGGCCAUCGUGGGUCUCUACCGCACUGGCAAAUCCUACCUGAUGAACAAGCUGGCUGGGAAGAAAACUGGAUUCUCUCUGGGCUCUACAAUACAGUCUCACACCAACGGGAUCUGGAUGUGGUGCAUCCCUCAUCCCCAGAAGCCAGACAACACCCUAAUUCUGCUUGACACAGAAGGCCUGGGAGAUGUGGAGAAGGGUGACAACCAGAAUGACUGCUGGAUCUUUGCCCUGGCUAUACUUCUAAGCAGCACCUUUGUGUACAACAGCAUGGGACCCAUCAACCAGCAGGCCAUGGACCAGCUGCACUAUGUGACAGAGCUGACAGAUCAGAUAAGAGCAAGGGCCUCAACUGACCAGGAGGAUGAGGUGGAAGACUCAUCUGAGUUUGUGAGAUUCUUCCCUGACUUCGUGUGGGUUCUGAGGGAUGUGACCCUAAGACUUGAAGCUGAUGGACAAAGCCUCACAGCAGAUGAGUACCUGGAGAAUUCCCUGAAACUCAAGCAAGGUACCAGUGAAGUAGAAAAAAAUUACAACCUUCCCCGACUCUGUAUUCGAAAGUUCUUCCCUAAGAAGAAAUGCUUUGUCUUCUACCCACCCACUGAGUGGAAGAAGCUUUCUGAACUUGAGAACUUGCAUGAUGAUGCGUUGGAUUCUGACUUUGUGCAGCAGGUGGCAGAAUUCUGUUCCUUCAUCUUCGGCUCUUCAAAGGCUAAAGCUCUCCCAGGAGGCAUCAAAGUUAAUGGAGCUCAACUGGGGAUUCUAGCACACACCUACCUGGAUGCCAUUAAGAGUGGAACAGUGCCUUGUUUGGAGAAUGCAGUAAACACACUGGCUGAGCGUGAGAACUCCAUAGCUCUACAGAAAGCAACUGACCACUACAGUGAACAGAUGGACCAGCAAGUGAGGCUCCCGACAGACACACUCCAGGAGCUGCUGGACAUACAUGCAGUCUGUGAGAAGAAAGCCAUUGCUGUCUUUAUGGAUAGAUCCUUCAAGGAUGACCAGAGGAAAUUCCAGGAGAAGCUUGUGGCCACCAUAGAGGAAAGGAAGGAAGAUUUCAUACAACAGAAUGAAGCAGCAUCUCUCAGUUACUGCCAGGCUGAGCUGGAGAAGCUUUCAGAGCCUCUAAGGGAGAGCAUCUCACGUGGAGAUUUUUCUGUUCCUGGUGGGCACAGCCUCUACUUAGAAGCCAGGAAGAAGGUUGAGCAGGGCUAUGAGCAUGUACCCAGGAAGGGAGUGAAGGCAAGUGAGGUGUUCCGGGACUUCCUGAAGUCUCUGAUCACUACGGAAGAUUGCAUCUUGCAGUCAGAUAAGGCCCUCACUGAUGGACAGAAAGCCAUGGCAGCUGAGCAGUCCAAGAAGGAGGCGGCUGAGAAGGAACUAGAGCUAAUGAGGCAGCACCAGAUGGAGCAAGAGGAAGCAAGGGAGGCUCACAUGAGAACUAUUUCAGAAAACAUGGUCCAGCUGCAGAGGAAGAUGGAGAUGGAAAGGGAUAACCUUCUGGAGGAGCAGGAGAGGAUGCUGGAUCACAAGCUGAAGGAAAUAGAAAAAUUGUUUCAGGAAGGAGCUGGGAAGGAAGUGAAUCACUUAAAAGUGGAAAUAAAUCUAUUAUUAGGGCAAACUGAUGCCAUCAAACAGAACUCAUUUGAUGGAAUUCUAUCUAUGCUGCGUGAAAUACUUGUGAAUGUAUCCACUUCACAAAUUAACAGGUUUCUGAAGUAUUGGUGACAUAGUGGCUCACUGUUGUAGUGUGGAUGUCAAUACAUUGAUUCAAGGGCAGUUUUAAGUUAAGGGUUAUCACACAAUGUCAGAUACUGACAGCUAAGGAAGUCUAUUAAAGUAGACUCUGCAUGUAAAAGGUAACUAUAUAGCGACUGAUGUUCAUAAGCCUCAUUAUGGUGAGUGUUUUACAAUGUAUAUGUACAUCAUUUUUGGACCUGUAAACCUUGUAUGUACACAAAUAAAACA